UCAAAUUCACAUCUCAAUCUUCUUCAUCACAACAACAACUACUACUACUACUUUCCCUCUCUCUACAAAAACACUCUUCCAAAUUUCACAAGAAAUGGCACUAGAAGCUCUGAGCUCUCCCACCGCAGCGGCGCCUUCGUUCGAUUUCGAAAGCGCCGCGUCUCUCCCGUGGAGCAAGGGCAAGCGCAGCAAGCGCCCCCGCACCCACGACCCCACCGAGGAGGAAUACUUGGCUCUCUGCCUCAUCAUGCUCGCUCGCGGCGGCCCCACCUCCACCUCCACCUCCACAGCCCCUCCGCCGCCGCAAAAAAGAGCUCCUCUUUCUCCACCGGAUGCUUCUAAACUCAUCUACAAGUGCUCCGUCUGCAACAAGGCUUUCGGGUCCUACCAGGCCCUGGGAGGGCACAAGGCCAGCCACCGCAAGCUCAGCGGCGGAGGCGGAGAUCACGACCACUCCGCCUCCGCCGUGGCGGCGCCGAGCGGCGGCGGAAGGACGCAUGAGUGCUCCAUAUGCCACAGGAGCUUCCCCACGGGGCAGGCCUUGGGGGGCCACAAGCGCCGCCACUACGACGGCGGGGCGGCCAGCGGCAACGGCGGCGUGACGUCAUCGGAGGGGGCGGGGUCAACGGGCUCGCUCAGGAAUUUCGACUUGAACUUACCGGCUAUGCCGGAAUUGUGGAUGGGAUUUGGCGCCGGCGCCGACGAAGAAGUGGAGAGCCCCCACCCCUUUAAGAAGUCCCGCCUCUCCUUGCCGCCGGCGAAGUUGGAACAAACCUUAACCAACUGAAAAUUCCAUUUUUAUUUUUAAUUGUUUGAGAAAUUCAAUAUUUUCUUUUUGUAUUAAUUAUUUGUUGGUGAUAAUGUUUUUGGUGUACAUACGACUACAUGGUGAAGAUUAAUUCAUUCAUUUAUUUAUAAAUUAUUGAGUUUAUCAUCA